AUGGCUUAUGCUAAGCUCUCUCUUUUGCCUCUCUUCUUACUUGCCACAUCAUUAUUAAUGUUUCCAAUGAAAAAGGUGGAAGCAACUCGUUGUCAAGAGGGUUGUUCCCUAUCUAAGCUGGAUUGCGGCGAUGGUUGUCAAUGUAUAAUGGAUGACUUUGUGACUGGUAUUUGCGAAACAAUUGAAUAUGUUACUAAGAUGGUGGAGCAACAUCCUAGCUUAUGUGAGUCUCAUGGUGACUGUACAAGAAAGGGAAGUGGGAGCUUCUGUGCUCUAUAUCCAAAUUCAGAUAUUAAAUAUGGCUGGUGUUUUGAAUCUAACUCUCAUGCAGAAGCCUCGUUCAAGAAUGCUCUUAACUCUGAAUUCUCAAACUUGUUGAAGAUGUCCUUAGAAGUUUCCACUUAA